GAGGUAACGAAGGAUAAAAUAACAAGAGAGAACAAGAGACAUGGUGAACCACGAGAGCAAACGAGGGAAAAAGGAAUAGACAUUAGGACAAUAAGGAAAGAUAAUGCAGCAGGGCAAGAGGAAAGGAAUCAGCGAGAGGCAGAGGAAAGAAAGGACCGGGAUGAGAUAGAAGAACAGGAAGGAAGGAGGAAUAAACACAAAAACGGAGAGAGAAAUGAAAAGAAAGCACGAAAAGAAGACAUGAGAGAAAUGAAAUAUAGCAAAAAUAAGAAGCGAACGAGAGAAAAUAAGGAGAAAGAAGAAAUAUAUGGAAAAAAAAAAAGAAAAGGAGGAAAGAGAAAAAGCAAGCAAAAGGGAAAGAAAAAGGGAGAUAAUAAAAGAACCAAAACAAUAGAGAAGGAAAUAAGAGCAAAAGAGCACAACGUCAGAAGCAAAACUCAGGAGGAAGCGAGCAAGAGAAGAACAGCACAGAGGAAAAUGGAGGCAGGUCAAAAGAAUAUUGCAGAAACAGGAAAUAAUAAAGGAAAGCAAAAUAAAGCAAUAACAAAGCCAGGAAAAAGACUUGAAGAAAAAAUGGAACAGAAGAAACAACGAAAAAGAGAUAGCGAGACGAAGAAACGAAAGGCAAAAUCAAAAGAAGAGAGGAAGGAAAAUAGAAUAAAUGACAAAGAUGGGAA